CGCGCGCAUUGCCAGCAGCGAAGCAGACGACUCGGUUGCAUCGCGGCGGCGGCAGCGGCAACAGCGGAGGCGGCUGUUGUUGGGUGACUGCAGCUAGGAUUUCUCUGGCAAAGCAAGGUAAAACUCUCAGUACUAAAUAUCAACAACAAACAGAUCAACCACUACCGUACAUAAAUCGACGAACAGCAGUGGAAAGUAAAAAAAAUCAAAGUAUCCAACUGAAACAACCCAGUUAUAUUGCAAUAUAACUUCGCUGUGGUCAUCAUGGAUUUAUUUCGGAGGCAUUUUAACCAAAUAUUUUCGGAAAGAUUUUCGCCUACCAUAUGAAAGGAUGAAAUGAAAUGGAAUAAAUAACAAAUGCAUACAUAUUUCCGGAUAUUCUACGACCAGCCUGAAUAAAACAUUCUGAGUACACGAUGCCUGGUUUAGUGGUAUUUAAACGAAGGUGGUCCAUCGGAUCCGACGAUCUCGUUGUACCUGCCGUCAUCAUGAUCGUCGUGCAUCUCGUAUGGAUCAUUGUCUUGGCCUCAACACUUGUUAUGGUCGACUUUACUUCCGAUUUGGUCUGCAUGAGAGACUUAAAAGGUCAUAUAUUUGGAUAUCUUGUCAUUCUUUCCGUCUGCCUUUUAGUUGAAAUAACUAUGGCUUGGGUUAGUAUGCGAGGAAGUAUUAUAAACACUGAACCACGAUGGUGCAUGCAGUAUAUCAUCUAUAUUCGGUUAUUCAUUCUACUAGUAGAGUUGGCUUGGCUAAUCGUUGGAGUUGUUUGGACGGCAAAAUAUUACCAAUCAUGUGCCUCAGGUUCAGUGAACAGAAUUGUUCUUGGUGUUAUAAUUUGCAAUUGGGGCAUCAUGUUAAGUGUUGUGGUGUGUAUAUGGUGUACAUUUGAUACAGCUGGUAGAAAGUGGGUUAAAAUGAAACGUUUUCAAGAGAGUCUUAGAAGAAAGCAACGUGAUCGCAAACACCAAAAUUGUGUAAGACGGAACUGGCGACAAAGAAAAGCUUUGAGAGCUUAUGAAGAAAAAUGGGACCGAAGAUUUCACUUGUUAUGUUGUUGUAUAGAACGGAGAGGUCGAAAUCAGAACUCCAUAUCUGAAGUUGCCCAACUCUUCACUGAAUUCUUCCGAGAGCUUGAUGUAGUUCCCUCUGAUGUGGUUGCUGGCUUACUUUUAUUAAGACGUUAUCAAAAGCUCCAAAUGCGAAGUCAUGUUGCUAACAAAACCAAUGAUAUUUACCAAUAUUUAUCAGGAGCAGCAAUUACUCCUAAGACCCACUUUCUCCAAUUAAAUGACCCUGAUGUUAUGGAGGAGUACAAACUAAUUAUCCAUUAUAUGGAAUAUGCAUUGGCUGCCUAUGGUUGGCCUGCUUAUAUGAUGAUGAACAAUGCCACUGGAUUAUGUAGUCUCAUACCUUAUUUGUCUUGUUGCUGUUGUAAAAGUUGUGUAAAACACCAAACUUACUCUACUGUUGUUGAAGAUAACUGUUGUGAAUGUAAUUUUGCUGCUAUGAAGAAACUCAGUGGCCUCUUGGAUACUGACAUCAUAUAUGUCACAUAUCACGUAGAUAUUGGAAAAACACCAUUUUACGUUGCUCUUGAUCAUACACAGAAGAAAGUAAUUGUUUGUGUGAGAGGAACAUUAUCAUUACAGGAUGUAUUGACUGAUCUUAAAGCUGAGUCUACUAUGCUUCCACUCGAACCUCCUAUUGAGAACUGGCUUGGUCAUGAGGGAAUGGUUGAUGCAGCACAGUACAUUCAGAAAAAAUUAGUCGAAGAAAAUAUUUUGUCAAAAGCAUUUAAUAGUGAUUUCGAUCGCAGAACUGAUCAAUACAAUUUAAUUUUAGUUGGACAUUCUCUUGGAGCUGGAACUGCAUCAAUUUUAGCCAUUCUGCUAAAAAGACAAUACCCUAAUUUACAUUGCUAUGCUUAUUCACCUCCUGGAGGUCUUAUAAGUGAGGAAUGUGCAGAACAAACUAAAUCUUUUAUAACAUCUGUUAUUGUUGGGAAAGACAUUGUGCCAAGGAUUGGCCUGUCACAACUGGAACUCCUUCGAACAGAUCUUAUUAAUGUCAUAAAAAUAAAUGAAAGCCCAAAGUGGAAGAUUAUUACAAAGAGUAUGAUGUGCUGCCUUCCAGAUAACACUGAUAAUAUACUCCAAGGUAAACUAGAGCGCAAUGCUAGAUUACAUCCUUUUGAUAGUGGUAUUGGCCUGUCAGCUCACAACCCUCUUUUUCUACCAGGAAAAAUUAUUCACAUUGUUCGCAGUCAUCCUGUCAUCAAACGGUCUCGAUGUAAACCAAGUUCACCAGUUUAUCAAGCAAUCAUUGCUGAAAACAGUGACUUUGAGCAGGUGUUGGUCUCUCCCACCAUGAUAAAUGAUCAUUUCCCAGAUAAUGUAUUAGAUGCUCUCAAGAAGGUGCUUAUUAAUGUAGGGCCAGUAAAACCUAACCGGAAAUUACCUGAUUCUGAACGCAAAACCAAAUUAUGUGAAUUACCAUCCAUCACUGCAGCAGAUGUUUGUGUUAAUACUUGCAACUCUUGUGUUGAAACAACUUUCUCAAGUCCAAAUCUUCAAGAUAUUCCAAGUCCAUCUGAUCCAGAUUUAACAAUAUCCCCUCCACCUCUGACUUGGGACCAAGUAGCAGAACAAAACAUUCGAAAACUUGAAUAUGCUCGAAGUCUACAUCUAAGCAAUCCCCUUACAAAUGAAUUAUUGAAUCUCAGUUUGUUAAGGGACAGAGCUGAAGCACCUUUAGCAAGCCCAGAGCCUUCAAUUUCAGAAUCAUCAAGUGCUGCUUCUUUGAAAGCUAGUGCCCCUCUAAAUAGAUAUAGUUUCCAUAAAGCAAUUUAUGGUUUCCAAGAUCUCAAGUCUAUACAGCAAUCUCCAUUACCCAAAACGCGUACUGGUAGCUUUUCUUGUUUUAGAAAUGAGGAACCUUCCAGUAACGAACAAUCCCCAGACACUUGCAAGGAGGAAGAAAAUUUAAAUAAUAACAAUAAUAACAAUAACAAUAAUAAUAAUGAGCCUGAAAAGGUUAACAUAAUAAAAGACAAAAGACCUGAGAGUGUUACCAUUGUAUCAUCUACGGAAUCAAACCAUAUUUGUGAUAAAACCAAUGGACAUGUUUGCUUAGAUAUUGAAGGCAAGUUAUUGCAACAGAGCCAAAAAGUCGGAGAUGAAAUUGCAUUGGAUUCUAGAAGGUUAACAAGAAAAGGAUCGGAAAAAAAUGACAGCAAUGCCUUUUUACCUCACAAUAGAAUAGUUAGCUCUGACAGAACUAGCUCUGUUGCCUGCAUGCCACUUCCAACCCCCAAACUUCUUUUCCAACAUACAGGAUCUGAGUCCUUUUUGCAAAACAUUGUACCCCGACAUGUCAUGCGACGGUCAACAGAACAAAUGGAUUUUAAGGCCUUAAAAGAUGAUACAACACUAUUUGAAAGUCCUAAAAGGACAGCCCCUGUUCCCAAACCUCCCCGACAUAUCCCUGUGAAAUUGCCAUCCAGUUUACCACGGGUUUCAAUUCUUAGUUCUACUGGUGAAGAAGAAUCUGAAAGAAGACAUUCAUUUCCUAGGCUUUAAAUCUAUUAAUUAAUAUCAAUAAUUAAUUGAUAUCAAUUAUUAUAUUUUAAAUACAAAUUAAAGCAAUAGCAAUGAAAAGACAUUGAGUUUUAAAAUAGAAAGGGGAAGAAAAUAAUUUAUUACACUCUUUGGGUUUUAAAUUCAGUUUUAAAACCCAAUUUUACUCACUAAUAUAUCAUCAUGUCUUUAUUUACAGAUAUCAACAAAACCUAGGUAGACUAUGGAACUACAAACACCAAAUUUAAUUUUAACUUCAGAUAGGACCUGAGGUUUUAUUUUACUUUUAAACAAGACUCAGCAGUAGUUUAAGUCUGUGAUUUCUUAUCUCCAGCUGAAAAAGUUACUGAAAAAUCAAAGAUAAUUUAAUACACACCAUUGGAAAAUUUGGGGUAAAAAUAUAUUUAAAAACAAAUAAGAAGUACUGUAAUCUUGAUACAAAAAGGAAACUAAGUUCUUUCUACAAUUUUAAAUGUUACAUAUAUAGUUUUUUUUUUAGCUCAUAUUGUUGUAUCAUUCUAAAAUAUUAUUUUCAGAUUUAAGAAGUUUCAAAGAAAAAAAUUGUUUGAAUGAAUAAAAAAAUUAUAUUUGAAAAAAUUUGUCAAGCAGAUAUUGACAAUAAAUUUAGUAAGUAUAUAUAUAUAUAUAAAAAAAUAUAUAUAUAUGAGACAGUGAUCAUCAAAUAAAUUUGAUUGCAGGUGAUUAAUCUAAGAUAUAGCACAACUGCCUGGCAUCUUUUCUAACCUAAUCAGCAUAAUUCUUCAGUAUGUCCAAUUUACAACUCUACCUCAAGUGCACUUUUCUUUGUAUUCAAUUCAAAAUCUCAAUGAUGCAAUGCCUAUUUCACCAACAGUCAUCUUCUAGAUGACCAAGGCAUGACAAACACAUCAGUUUCAAAAUUAAACAACUGUUUUGUCAUAUUUUAUCUUUUGUUUUAAACCUAAACCACAAACAAUCUUAAAACAAUUUUUAUUUAUAUUUUUACCAUUUUUUGUAUUUGUUUUUGUCCAUUUAUUAUUUUUUCUUUCCUUCAUUUCAUGAUGCCCUGUUCUAAAUAAAUGUAUAUCAUAUGUUUGAACUGUCCCCAAUUUCAAAUUACAAAAGUAUUAAUACCUAUUAAAUGAUAUUGAAUCUGAA